GAGACCAAUGGCAAGCUCGUCCUCAAGAUCCUCGUGAUGCUGUUCCUCAUGAAGGCGAUCGGUGAUGAUCUUGGACUUUCCGCCAGGAGCUAUAUCCGCCAGAUCGAUGCUUGGGUGCGUGUUACACGCACGCCACCCGCGCAACAAGCACUGCUACUCUACCAGAGCCUCAAAGGUCGCGCGUGGAUUGAGGCAGAAGAACUUGAUGUCAAAGAUCUGUGCACGGUGGACGGCGUGGACAAGUUCAAGGCAUGGAUAGCAGAGAGGUAUCAAGAAAUCGAGGUGGGGAAAAUCGCGGAGGCGCUGAACGGAUUCUUCAAGAAGCUCCGGAGGGGUCCGAAUCAAUCGGUCCGCGAAUUUAACGCGGCAUUCGAUCGCAGCUACGCAAGGCUGGUGGAAAUCGAGUGCCGCCUCCCUGAAACUGCACGUGCUUGGGCCUAUCUCAGUGCACUUUCCUUGUCGCAUUCUGAGGAGCUGGCUAUUCUGGGCAGCGUCAACAACGAGUUUGUUUGCAGCAGACUACAGCGCGCGGCGGUGCUCCACGAGAAGAGCCUCCGACGCCCGUGGGACCAGAAGGACAGGCGAUUCACCGAAGAGGAACAUGAGAGCGAGGAGGACGACCUCGCCAACCGGGAGCCUGAGAAUGCAGAGGAGGCCGAGUUGUUCGAGGCUUUCAUGACCGCGAAGGCACAGUACAGGGAUGCAGUGAAGAACUGGAACCUGGAACCCGACGAGGUCCGGAAGGCCAUCGACAACAAGAUCCAGAGCGCUAAACAGCGCUCGUUCUGUAGCGUGUGCAAGCAGCGAGGCCACUGGUACAAAGACCCUGAAUGCCCUGGAAAACCUCCCCACGCCAAGGACAACAACGUGACCCAGACGGCCAAUAUCUCCAACGAGGUGUUCAUGACCAGUGGUCCCCUCAGUGAGAACUUGAUGGCUAUCGCCGACAGUGCGUGCACGAAGUCGGUUGCUGGUACUGUCUGGCUGCAGCGCUACCUGGACGUUCUGAAGUCUUUCAAUGUCGAGGUCCCACUUCUCCAGGAGAGCGACAACUUCAAGUUCGGGGCAUCGCGCAUCUAUUCCUCGAGCUAUGCCGUGGUUGUUUCGUUCCGGGUCGGGAGCUUUUGGGUUAUGGUCAAGGUGGCGAUCAUCCAUGGUGACUUGCCUCUUCUUCUGAGCCGAUCCGUUUUGGCUGAGCUUGGAAUGGUCUACAACUUGAAGGAGCACAAGGCCGACUUCGAGGCUGUGAGUGUGAAAGGACAUCCCUUGAUGACGACCCCUACCGGUCAUCCUGCUAUCAGCGUUCACCCUGGAGGACAAGGGAUCCCCGAUAUCGCACAGCCCAAGAUGUGGGAUGCCAACAAGUGCAUCCGCGGAGAGGUUUUGAUCGUUCCCGGCCUGGCAGCAUACAUGGCGGAUUGCAGAGGGGAAGCGGGUGUCCAUGAAGCAUUUGUAGCAUGUAACAAAGUUCCCGAAAGCCGAGCCCCUCGUGAACAGUUCCCUCAGAUUUUCUAUGCGAAGAAGAUCCCUCCAGAAGUGAAGAACCUCCUCGUCUGUGAUGCCUCUGGAUUGGCCGAACAGUGUUCAAUCGUAGACCGAUUACCCCAAUUCGACUUCCUCCUGUCUUUCCUGGGCAUGUCCACGCGCCCGACAUGGCAAUUGAGCAAGACGGAACUCCUCGCCGAGGCGAACCGCCUGGGCUUGAAUCCGAGCACAAGGUGGACAGUGGAGGAACUACGCAGCGCAAUCACGGAGCACAAGAACCUCUACAAGGAGGAGAACAAACUGCCAAAGGGGCUGGCGGGCAUGCGUCUGGACCAGCUACGCACGGAGGCGGAGAGGAUCGGGCUGAGCUACGGGAGCAAGACGACACGGGGCACCUUGAUUCGGCAUAUCAGGGACUACCACGAGACGCCCGACGACACGGUGAUGCAGAUUGGUCGCUACAAGGGGAACACCUUCGUCCAGAUCCCCCUGCAGUAUGUCGAGUGGGCGGACCGGGAGGAGAAGGAGAACGGGACCAACAUGAGUCCGGACCUGAAGCGGUUUGUGCUAUGGUACCGGAAGAAGACCACGGAGAAGCACGCCCCGACGCCAACGAGACGACAGAUGAUCGAGGACCCAGAGCGCUACGCGAAGGUGCCCUACCCGGGAUCGUCAACGGGAUCGCGGUCCUGGGAGGAGGUGUCAGCAAUCAGCAAAGAGGAGCAGGACCAGAGGCCGUUCACACCGCCGUCAUCGUCAAUGAGGGGAUCAGCAGCAUCAUCGACGCCAAAGCGCCCAGCGGACAGGGCGAACACCAAGGAGAGGAUGUCUGUGGAUGUUUCCCCACAGGUUCUGGAGGAGAUCCGUGCUCUGGAGCAACGUCUGGCGGUGUUGAAGGACAAGGAUGAGGAGGAAUUCCACGACGAGGACAAUGAGGGUGACUCCGAGCAAUGGUCUGAGCUAGAUGACGACUUGGUCGAUGCAGAGGUCCUUCUUACAGAACACGUCGAAAAGAAGCUCGCCAAGGCGAUUGCGGAAAAGGACUACGCGCCAACCACCCUGGCGAACAUCCUGGAGGAGAUCUUCGGUGAGAAGGGAGAACAUUUUCCUCGACGCGGAGCCAAGCCCCGCUCCAGAGCGAUGGGAGCAGACGACACAGGGGAGCACAAGAUCGUCCUCGGCUACUACACGUAUGGAAAUAUGCGUGGAAUCUGUGCGAACACAUCCAAGUUCGCCUCCCUGUGCUUGUACAUCAAGGGCUACUUUCUGGACAAGGACCCUUCGGCAAGAUGGAGCUCGAUCUCGUUGACCUUGAAUUGCAAGCCUAUUGUUCACGCCGACCACAACAACCUCAAGGGGACCCUCAACUACCUGACUGCAACUGGGGACUGUGCCGAUGGAGGAGGACUGUGGCAGGAACACCGUGGUGGGAACACAUCAAGAACCACUACCAUGAACGACCAAAAGGGGAGACCCAUUGUUGGAAACGUUCUUCCAGCUCGCGGCACGGUUGUGAACUUUCAUGCCGACAAGCUCCACAGUGCUGAGCCUUGGAGGACCGGAAACCGGUGGUCAAUCACGUGCUUUACUACAAGAGGAUUUGCCGGAAGUACCCAAGGAGAACGCAAACGACUACGCCAAUGGGGAUUCCAGCUUCAUGACCUCAGACACCUCGGCCGAGAUCGCAAACAUCUACUACCAGCUCCGACAAAGGAUGAAGAGAGAACGACAGCUACUUCUUCAAGCAAGCUACCCACCAACAAGCCCCGGAAGAGCACGAGGAAGAACCUGUGGAGGUCCGCAUCGAGGGCAAGUGCAUUUAUUACUUGGUCGUUGGCUACUUUCUCUUCGGCAUCGGCUUCUUGGGUUGGGAACAACAAUGAUGGAGAGCAGCCACACCCCACCGUUGCGCUCAUGGAGAUCGGUGGUAUCAACAAGACCCUUGAGGCAACCCUCGAUUUCGGAUGUUUGGCCGCUGAACCUCUUCGGUGGGAAGAUGUACCGACAGAAUCCCCUGGGAGCUACAUCAUUGAUGCGUCCUCCCGGUUCAGGCCCUCUAUGAUAUGGCUACAUCCACCGACGCCCCUCGAUGUUGAUUGUGAGAACAAGUUCUUCGAGAUCAUCGACAUCUGUGGGCGAUGGCAAGUUCUUCAACAGCGGUCUUUCGUGGUGACCAUUCCUGAUGUUUCCCACGACCAAGAAGGCCGAGUACUACGUCAACUUGAGAACUUCGGGAAGGUGGCCCGGGCGGAGUUCAAUGGCACGAUGGUGUUCAGGACGACGUCUACAAUUAACGAGGAAGCCUACGUUGCUGAAGGGGGAGAAGACCAAGCUGUUCCUGGAGGUGGAGGGGCAGUACUCGAAGGCGCAGCAGGUAUCACCUUUGACAAGAAGGUUCCUCCCGAUAUGGCAGCCGCCCUCCGACGACUACAUCAGAACCUUGGACACCCCGCAAAAGAGGACUUGGUGAGACACCUACAUCACGCAGGAGCGGAUCGCGAUGUGAUCAAAGCCGCGAAGAGCCUGGAAUGUACAACAUGUGCUAUGAGCAAAAGGCCCAAGAAUGCACGGCCCGCAGCGGAGCCGAAACUUCUUGAAUUCGGAGACGUGGUUGGAGUGGACAUGAUGUACGCCUACGACGCCGACGGCAAGAAGGUGAAGUUGUUUUCAAUGGUCGACCACGCUUCCUCGUACCACGUGGUCGUCCAAGUGCCCAGACAGACCGGCGCAGUCCUGGAAAAGGCCUUCCUCAACCAUUGGGUGCAGAUCUUUGGGGCCCCCAAGGUUAUCACCCUGGACUUGGAGCGCGGGAUACAGGACGCUUUUGGCCGGCUCGCCGACUGGUACCACGUGGAACUACGCACCAGUGCCGGACAGGCACACUGGCAAUCAGGCUUUACAGAGCGACAUGGCAAGUGGUGGAAAGAGAUCUUUGACCGUGUGGUACGUGACCAUACAGUCCGCAAUAAGGAGAUUGAGGAGGCGAUUGGAGCGACUUCUUCAGCAAAGAACAACCUACGUCGGCGAUGCGGGUGGGCACCGUGCCAGAUCGUCUUCGGCAAGAACCCCCGUACGGAUGAGGACUUGUCCUUCGAGGUUGAAGAAGGCGGGGGUACUCUUCUACGUACCCCAGAUGCAGCACAACACCGCCGCGAGACCAUCCGGAACGCCGCGAGGAUCGCUUUCUACCAGGCAAGGACCGAGGACAAGAUUCGUCGAGGAAUGUCCCAGAAGUCCCGGGUCAAACCACGGGAUUUGGAAAAUGGCUCGAUGGUGCUUUUCUGGAGGAAGCCAGCCAACAAGAAGAAUGGCUUCUGGAAGGGGCCCGGGAUUGUCAUUGGACGCCAAGGAGAAAACUACUGGAUCUCCCAUGGUGGGAGAUGUUAUCUAUGUGCAGCCGAACACCUUCGACGAGCACUACCCGAAGAAGUUGGAGGCCUGUUUGCUCUACGUGCAACCAAGGACGAUCUCCUACGCUUGGUGGAGAACAACUACGACGGAGACGACAUCCCCGAGAGGACAAAGAAUUCUUGGACCAGAUCCUGGAAGACCUGUCCAUGGCGGAGGACGAGGACGCAUCUGCGGAGGCCGUUGGGAUGGAGCUCGAGAACGGAGACGAUGAGGCCGAGAGGAUCCCGGGCACCAGGCGUGGAGCACCAGUUGAACUACAACCUCGUGCUGUGCGCAGGCGCUACUCCACCAAGAGGGCGGAGGAGGUUAUGA